AUGGCAGUUUGGUGGGAACCAACUCAAGCAGAGCUUGCAGACAGAAAUGGUGAGUCGCCCUUCGUGCUGCCAGAAUUUUUGGAAGAAAGUAACUUUCAGCACUUGUACAAGGGGACUGGCGAGCCAAGAUCUGUCGAUGCCAAAGAGCUAGCAGCUUCCUUUGCUCUUGCUGUCAAUGCUUUCGUGCAGCACUACUGGACCUGCUUGAAGGACUAUGAAGUCACAAUGGACCAUCAAGUGGAGGGGUCUGGACAUCUGGCCUUGGAGGAAAUGAUGCCCAGAUGGUAUGAUGAUCUUGUUGACCACUUUGGAAUUGGCUUGGAUCCAGAGGCCACUAUCAAGAUGUACACAAGUGGAACAAUGGUUGCAAUUCGCAGAGUCUUCAAGAUAUGUUCGCUGGAACCAGAUGGGACACCAUAUCCACCGGAGACAUCCUUUCCGGAAGGGUUUCACCUCGGACAAGUUGGAAGACCGACAUCGAUUGAAGCUUCUGAUGAGAUUGGUCGAACAAAGCAAUGUCUAUUUCGACUGUUCCAAUACCCCGAUGGUAUUCCUGGCCUGGACUAUCAUGCUUUCAUCAACACCAACUUUUCAGAUUGGACAAGCAGAAGGCCAGUUCAUUUCUUCGAGAGAAAACCUUUCCACAGAGCUCUGAAUUGUGCAAUUUGUCAGGACUCUCCAAACGUGCUUAAGGCUGUGAUGAAAAUCAUCAUGGACAUCAAUUUCUUUAUUAACUCAGUCCACCACGAGGGGGGCGUUUUCUACAGUGGGGUAGGUGUUGGCGAGUCUUUGCAUUUGGUCAAGCCUGGAGCAAAAUUGCGCAUGCCGCGAUUUCUGUCGACCACCACUGAAUUGAAAUUUGCAAAAUCACGGCUGACGGACAAAAUUGGUCCUGCACUUCUUGUCGUACGAGUUCCGCAUGGAUUUUGGGGUGCACGCGAUAUUUCUGCUUUCUCCUCCUGCCCGGAGGAAAAUGAAACGAUGUUUUGUGCGUAUGCACUUUUUCUUGUGGAACGCGUCUCUGUCAUAAAGAUGCAGGGCCAAGAUGUUAGCAGAAUCGAUUUGUUGGCAUUGGACAAGUACGAAGGGAUUCAGUAUCCUGACGAUGCUUAUCCACCAUUUCACCAUGCACCAAUUGACAUUGACGAGCUGGGUGCAUAUGACAGCUAUGUUCGUCAGUAUUCAUGAGUAGACAGAGUGAGUGUCUCUUGACAUUCAUUCUUCAAUCUGAAGUUUGUCCCUGCAGUUUUGCUGCAGCCCAAGCCGUCCC